CCCCCCCCCCCCCCCACCCCCCCCCCCCCCCACCCCCCCCCCCCCCCACCCCCCCCCCCCCCCACCCCCCCCCCCCCCCACCCCCCCCCCCCCCCACCCCCCCCCCCCCCCACCCCCCCCCCCCCCCACCCCCCCCCCCCCCCACCCCCCCCCCCCCCCACCCCCCCCCCCCCCCACCCCCCCCCCCCCCCACCCCCCCCCCCCCCCACCCCCCCCCCCCCCCACCCCCCCCCCCCCCCACCCCCCCCCCCCCCCACCCCCCCCCCCCCCCACCCCCCCCCCCCCCCACCCCCCCCCCCCCCCACCCCCCCCCCCCCCCACCCCCCCCCCCCCCCACCCCCCCCCCCCCCCACCCCCCCCCCCCCCCACCCCCCCCCCCCCCCACCCCCCCCCCCCCCCACCCCCCCCCCCCCCCACCCCCCCCCCCCCCCACCCCCCCCCCCCCCCACCCCCCCCCCCCCCCACCCCCCCCCCCCCCCACCCCCCCCCCCCCCCACCCCCCCCCCCCCCCACCCCCCCCCCCCCCCACCCCCCCCCCCCCCCACCCCCCCCCCCCCCCACCCCCCCCCCCCCCCACCCCCCCCCCCCCCCACCCCCCCCCCCCCCCACCCCCCCCCCCCCCCACCCCCCCCCCCCCCCACCCCCCCCCCCCCCCACCCCCCCCCCCCCCCACCCCCCCCCCCCCCCACCCCCCCCCCCCCCCACCCCCCCCCCCCCCCACCCCCCCCCCCCCCCACCCCCCCCCCCCCCCACCCCCCCCCCCCCCCACCCCCCCCCCCCCCCACCCCCCCCCCCCCCCACCCCCCCCCCCCCCCACCCCCCCCCCCCCCCACCCCCCCCCCCCCCCACCCCCCCCCCCCCCCACCCCCCCCCCCCCCCACCCCCCCCCCCCCCCACCCCCCCCCCCCCCCACCCCCCCCCCCCCCCACCCCCCCCCCCCCCCACCCCCCCCCCCCCCCACCCCCCCCCCCCCCCACCCCCCCCCCCCCCCACCCCCCCCCCCCCCCACCCCCCCCCCCCCCCAGAAUGAAUAGCAGGAGAACAAGAACAGGUCCAUCCGGGAAGGAGAAGGCAAGGGAAAACUCUCCAUUUGCAGGGGGGGAAAGGAGCCAUCCGACCACAGAAGGAGAACUAGUGAAGAAUGGAGCCGUGGAAAACCAAAGUGGAGAGGAAGUCAUGGUCCCCAGCUUCAGAGAGGUCAAGGAGGAAGAGGACAAACGCAGAAGCCUUCACAUGAGAAGAGCCGCCGAAGUUCUACAAAGGGGAGUUUCAGCAGCAGCGGAAAGAGGGAGCCGGAUGGCGAAGGCUGCAGAAUGGGAUGCUCAGGCCAUUAAGGGACCAAAUGUCAAGACCUUGAUGGUGUGGUCUUCUCAGGAGUGUCUGGGGGAAAGCGGGCGAGCGGGGCCUCUGAGGGCCUUCAAAGGACUCUUAUCUGAAACACGUGGCAGGAGCAAAGCUGAGCAGAACGGUGAGGCUGGGAAGAGUGGUUGCCUGGGAACGGGGACGGAGGGGCAGCUGAUGCCUUUUUACAGAGGGAUGUUUCCAGCCUAA